AUAUUUCCGUUUACAACAUCAAAAACAACUUGGCGUAACAUUGCUCUUUCCCGUAAUUUUGUGAAAACAGUUCUGUCGAUUUUGGACGUUAGUUAAUAAUUUUUCGCAGUUAUUAAGGAAAACUUCUUUUAAUUAUUAGGGCAUAUUUUGAAUUUACAGUUAAUAUUUGUUCUCAUCAUGAAGUUAGUUAAAUUUUUAAUGAAACUCAGCCAUGAAACAGUAACUUUAGAAUUGAAAAAUGGAACUAGUGUUCAUGGAACUAUCACAGGUGUUGAUGUUGCAAUGAAUACUCAUUUAAAAGCUGUUAAAAUGACUGUAAAAAAUCAACAACCUAUUCAUUAUGAAACUUUAAGUAUCAGAGGAAAUAACAUUCGUUACUUUAUUUUACCUGAUUCUCUUACUCUUGAAACACUAUUAGUUGACGAUGCACCAAAAUCACGAAUGAGUAGAGCUGGGAGAGGAAGUCGUGGAGGACCUGGACGAGGACGAGGUCGUGGAGGUCCAAGAGGUAGAGGUGGUCGUGGGGGACCUCGCGGAGGCAGUGGCCGAGGACGUGGUGGACCACCCCGCCGCUAAGAAUCUGUACAAAAAAAUAUUUUUUUUAAUUGUAAAAUAAGAUUAAACUUGUAUAUAAUCAAGUUUGAAAAUUACUAUUUUAAUAAUAAAGAUAUUUGAAUGUCUUAAA